AUGGACUCCAUCAUAGAGACACAGCGAGCAACGCACGAGGAGAUAGAGCGAUACGAGCAGGCGCUCGCGGAUGUCCUCAUGCAGGCGCCAACGAUCCAGCGGAAUAUCGCCAGAAGGGACCGGAAGGCAGCUGAUAUCCUCGCGCGGAUUGGCGAGCUCCGGCAGAACUUGGUCCUCAUGUAUGAGGAUGCCCCGGGUCUUCGUCCCGUCGAAAUCGCCCUCCUUUCCAACCCGCCCGCGGGCCAAGACGACCUCGCGGAGUUCUACACCCGGUUCGAGAAGGUCAAGGACUUUCACUCCAAGAACCAAGGCAUCAACGCCCGGACGUUCCUCAGCGAGAUUGACGAGCUGGUGCGGAGUGAUGGACUCCAGACUGUUUACGUGGAGGGGGAGGACGAGCCGGUGGUGAUUGAUCCGCUGGACUCGGUGUUUUCGGGAGAAGAGGCGUAUGGGAAGCACCUGGACUUGUAUGGGUCGCAUACGCAGUAUAUGAAUCUGAAGGGGGCGAACAGGCUAUCAUAUAUUGCCUACCUCGACAUGCUCCGGAAAGGCACGAUCCAGCGCAACCUCGAUGCCAAGGAGAAAGCCUCAGCCGCCUACCUAUCCUACGUCACCGCCCUCUACAACUACCUCGUCUCCUUCUUUGACCGCGCCUUACCCCUCAUCGACGUCCAAGAAAAGCUGCGCGAGGAGGAGGACAACUUUGCGUCCGCGUGGGAGGCGGGACAAGUGGGCGGCUGGAAGGGAGAAAGCAGCACCGUCACUGCCAAUGGCGGAGAGGGGAUCUGGUGUCCUUUCUGUCAAAAGAACUACUCGAAGCAAACGGUAUACGACGCCCACCUCAAAUCCGAGAAGCACCGGAAAAAGGAAGCGGCCGGAAACGCUGUCGCCAACCCCGCGGCCGCCAGCGGGGCAGCACCAGCGGCUUCGUCUACCCAAAAAGACAGAUUAAGGGCGCCCGCACGGCUCACGUACCUCGUCGGCGCGCUCUUGACGUUCCCGCCCAUACCGGAGAUUAUUGCGAGGUCGAGGGGAGAAGUGGAGCGCAGGGCGGCAUUGACGGCGAGGGAGAGAGAUGCGGAGAUGGAGGAGACGGAGGAGGCGCCGCCGGUGGAAGUUAUCAAGAUUGAUAAUGGCGAGUCGGACGAGGAGUCGGAUGAUGGGACGAUAUUCAAUCCGUUGAAAUUGCCUCUCGGUUUCGAUGGCAAGCCCAUCCCAUUCUGGCUUUAUAAGCUACAUGGUCUCGGUACAUCUUACACGUGUCAAAUCUGCUCCGACGCAACGUACCAAGGCCGAAAAGCCUUCGACAAGCACUUUUCGGAAGCUCGACACUCGCUCGGUAUGCGCGCGCUGGGUCUGCCCAAUACGAAGCAUUUCCACGAGAUCACUCAGAUUGCCGAUGCUAUAGCGUUGGCUGAAAAACUCAAGUUCGAGGGCCGACAGGAGCUCGCUGCGAUGGAACGAGCUGUCGAGAUGGAGGAUUCGGACGGCAAUGUGUAUAGCAAACAGGUAUACGAUUCGUUGAAGCGCCAAGGCGUCAUAUAA